AGCUGCACAGUCGGCUUCUCCCUGCUCCGUCCCGCCCAGCCUCCUUGUGCAGGAACGGGUCCGUGCAGCCCCCAGCCCAUGGCAGGACAGUAGCCGCCUGUCAGGGGUCGUGAACGGCUGAGGCAGACGCGGCGGCUCCCGGGUCUCAGACAGUGGGCGUUCCGGAGGCCAUGGGCUACCCCGAGGUAGAGCGCAAGGAGCCCCUGACCGCGGCAGCGCCGCGGGAGCGGGAGAGCCAGGGCUGCGGCUGUCGCGGGGCCCCUGCCCGGGCGGGAGAGGGGAACAGCUGCCGGCUCUUCCUGGGCUUCUUUGGCCUCUCGCUGGCCCUCCACCUGCUGACAUUGUGCUGCUACCUAGAGUUGCGCUCCGAGUUGCGGCGGGAACGGGGAGCUGAGUCCCAUCUUGGUGUCCCCGGCACCCCUGGCACCUCUGGCACCCUGAGCAGCCCUGGUGGCCUUGACCCUGACGGUCCCAUCACCCGCCACUUCAGGCAGCCGUCACUUCAGCAGCAGCCGCUAGAACCCGGAGAAACCACUCUCCCACCAGAGUCCCAGGACGGGCACCAGAUGGCCCUUUUGAAUUUUUUCUUCCCUGAAGAAAAGUCAUACUCCGAAGCAGAAAGUAGGCGUGUUCGCCGCAAUAAAAGAAGCAAAAGCAGUGAAGGAGCGGACGGUCCAGUUAAAAACAAGAAAAAGGGAAAGAAGGCGGGACCUCCUGGGCCAAAUGGGCCCCCAGGACCUCCAGGACCUCCGGGACCCCAGGGACCCCCAGGGAUUCCAGGGAUUCCUGGAAUUCCAGGAACAACAGUUAUGGGACCACCUGGCCCUCCAGGUCCUCCUGGCCCUCAAGGACCCCCUGGCCUCCAGGGACCUUCUGGUGCUGCUGAUAAAGCUGGAACUCGAGAAAACCAGCCAGCUGUGGUGCAUCUGCAGGGCCAAGGGUCCGCAAUUCAAGUCAAGAAUGAUCUUUCAGGUGGAGUGCUCAAUGACUGGUCUCGCAUCACUAUGAACCCCAAGGUGUUUAAGCUACAUCCCCGCAGUGGGGAGCUGGAGGUACUGGUGGACGGCACCUACUUCAUCUAUAGUCAGGUAGAAGUGUACUACAUCAACUUCACCGACUUUGCCAGCUAUGAGGUAGUGGUGGACGAGAAGCCCUUUCUGCAGUGCACCCGCAGCAUCGAGACAGGAAAGACCAACUACAACACCUGCUACACAGCGGGUGUCUGCCUCCUCAAAGCACGGCAGAAGAUUGCUGUGAAGAUGGUGCAUGCCGACAUCUCCAUCAACAUGAGCAAGCACACCACCUUCUUCGGGGCCAUCAGGCUGGGCGAGGCCCCUGCAUCCUAGAUUCCCCCUGUUUUGCCCCUGCCCAUGUCCCCAUCCCAGGUUUGAAAGCUGGGACCUCCCCGCAGAAGCUCUUAAGUGCUGCUGUGGAGUGAGGCAUAUGGGUGUGGCAGCUGCAGAGAGAAAUGCCCCACUGCUAUUUAUUCCCCAGUGACUCCAGCGUGGCAGGGUCUGCUUGCCUGGCCAGAAUGACCUUGAGCUUACAGGACAGUUGAUGGAGUUCCAGGGUUUACGCAAAUCAGAACUGUCUUCCUUGUCUCCACGUGGACUGCCUUACAGCGCUGUCUCUUCCACCUCAAGGUCCCUGUUGGCAGUUACUGUUUGUUGCACUAAAUGGAAGGUCCAGGACAGCAGGCGAGAGGAAGCGGAGGUGUGCUCCAGACUGUGGGGGCAAACUUCCGACCCCAAGGCUGGCUGCUGCUUCUCUUGGGUGGGGGUAGAGCCAGAGGGGACUGUUGCAGCCUAAGGAGAGGGGCAGGGAGGGGAAAGGCCAGUGCUUGUAGCAGAGACCAAGGGGGAGAAGCCUACCACCAGGCUGGCGACCCAGCCAGUGGAAGCUUUCUUGCUGUGGCACACUGCAGCCAGCCAGAGGGUCAGAGAGCUCUUCCCACUCAGGUGGAGAGCCAGGUCAGCAGCUUGCCAGCCUUUGGGAACAGGAGGUUUGCUCCUCCUUGAAGUGAGUGCAAGGAAUGGCCGCAAACUUGCCUGCAGAAGAACCUGGAGCCAGACUUGGGGCAAAAUGUCUUUCACUUUGUUUACAGCUGUGCUUUAGGCUCAGAAAACACCCUGGGUCCCCUCCCAGUUGCUCUCCCACCCACCCUUCCCCAGCCUGGCUAGACCCUCCUGUGUCUUUCUCCACAGGGCCUACCUCUGUUUGAGACAGGCGCCUAAGCUGGGACCUAUGCUUACAUGAGUCUGAGAUACUCUCUGGAUACUGUGGCACAAACAGAACCUUCCAUUUGUCAAGCAACACAAAUUUUCAUCUAGUCAAGGUUGUGUCUGGGGGCAAAGCAUCAGUCCCAACAUCUCCAGAAGUCCCUUCCAAUGUCAGUAUUUAGGCAGCUGCUUUAAUAGCCAACUAAGAUGCCCAACUCCCAACUUGCCCCUGGGCAUCCGCAAGGCAGAUAAAAUGGGGUAUUUUUUCAAGUUUUCUGCAAGCCAAGUGGGCAUUGGCCCAGGCCCUAUCUGAAAGCACAGCCACCAGUGCCCUGCUCACCCAGAAUUUCCUUGUUCUGGCUUCAGAAGGCCACAGUGCAGCAGCAUCAGCAUGGAUCCCAGGCCCGCUCCUCUGCAUCGAGACCCUGAAGGACCUGGCAUCUAGGCCUUGGGGCAGAGCUCUGCCCUGUCGUUGCCACUUUCCUGAGCCUCCCACCAGGCCAUAUGGUAGGACCGUGCUAAGGCCUUAUUUCUAAAUGCCCAGGCCCAGCCUGGUGCCUGGGUACCGGGUUCAGCCACAAGCUGAGAGGGCCAGUCUUGGAAAGUCUGCUACUCUUGCUGCUGCAACAUGUUUCCUUUUGAGGAGAUAGAGAAUGAGCUCCUUCAGGCAGCUGAAAUUGACCAAGAAUGACAUAUACACAUGUCUCAGCUGUGCCUUCUCUUUCUAAGCAACCACGCAGCCUGGUUGCUUAAUAAGAGCCCUGCAACCCCCAGGGAAGUGAGCCUGAGGCAUAUGUCUGGCCUUGUUUCCUACUAAGUGUCUUGCUCGUCCCUCCACUGCAGCAAGAACAGAUGAAAAUUCCUCCUUCAAACUGGAAAGGUACUUUCUCUCUUACCAUCUCCUUUAAUAAAAUCACAAAUCCUAGCGUUUAGACAAGGCUCAGAGAAGUUAAGUGCUUCGACCAGGAUCUCACCGUACUGAACUCACCAGCCUGGGGCUUCCUUUCACCAGGCCUGACUCCAAAAUGAUUCCAUUGAGCCACAGCUUUGCAUUGAAUUUGCGGUCCUGAGAAAACCGAUGAUAAUGGUACCAUGUGCCGCAAAUGCUUGUGGGUUAUAGGGAGAAACCCAGAGAAGCCCCUUUUCAUUCCCUAAUGGUGAUGCCCAUUCUCCUGGCUGCCAGAGACUCUGUGGCAAAAGGGGAGGCUGUUUCUGUGGGAGGCAGCCAUCAGCUUUAGAGCUGUUGCAUUCAGAACUGUCUUGGCACCACAUCCAAGCAGCAGGCCUCCAGUGCCCACAAGAGCUGAUGUGUCACCCUUGUGUCCUUUCACCCAGCCAUGAACCAAGCAAGCAUGAGAUACAGAGCCCCUGCUGCAAGGGGACUUUUUUGUUGAUGCUACAGUUGGAUUAUAGGAGCUGACCACUUCCCACACCUACCAAGGGACUCCCUACCUCUUUCUACCACACCACAGAGAACUCUACCACCAGGAUCUCUCAGGGAAGGAGGGAGGCAUGCAGGCUGGUCCCAAAGCCAAAAAGCUAUAAUCCUAAAGGGCAGUCGGAUACCUGUCCUAUUCUCCUGAUAUGGAAGGGAUUAUGGGGGGGUAGGAGGUCAAACAAACCCAUGAUGCAUAAGGAACCCUAGAGGGAAGGGCAUGAAGAGGGAAGCAAUAGGUAGCUGGGGAGCCCUGUUGCAGCGAAGUUCACUGGCAAAGUAGUGAAGCAAUUUACUAAUAAGAGAAUAUGGACAUAGAUUGGCCAUUUGGAAUUAUGCUGACAGGAAUUUACAGGAAGGCAAAAUCUAGCAUGGGGAAUAGGACAAGGACACUUGUGAGCAGGUGGGUGACAGGUUUGAAGGAGAGUCACAUGGCAGGAGCUUUUGCCAGCAGCUUGGGCUUCAAAGGCCAAGGCUGGCACCUAAGUCAGCUGUCGGGCUGCUCAGUUAUAGGUUCCUUGGGAAAUAAAGUCUUAGCCUCAUCUGCCCCUUCAUCCAUCCUGAGUCAAAUUUCUUCUGCUGAGCAAGAAACACUAGGAACUGUGGAGAUGAAAAAGACUAGCAUCCACACGUGAGAACGUGUGUUUUAUGGAACUUUUGGUGGAUGCAAAUCAAUUCAGAGAGAUUUAAAGCCAGGACAGCCUUUGGAGGGAAUCCUGCCCAGCCUACAUUCUGCCCCUUGUUACACAAGUAGAAACUGAGGCCGAAAGGCAAGGAAGGUGACCCACCCAAGGUGGAGUUGGGACUGGCAGACUCAGCAGAGGUGGAGGGACAGAAUGUUCCUGUCCCGCACAGCCCCCUUCUUUCUUCCACCCCCAGACUCAAGGCCGGAAGUGCUUGGCCCCCUUCAGGAGCUCUGCCAGGCAGGGAGAGCAGGGCUCAGCCUUAAUCAGAGCUCUUUCCCCCCUUUAAGGUGCUCUCCCAGCUCCAGCCUCUGAUCUAGAAAGUUCUGCACUGGCCUAACACCAGGAAGUCCUGAAGCCACCAUGAUGCUGCCUCAGGUCCCGUUCCUGCCUGGAGGUUCCCCUAGGCCAUAUGAGCACAAAGAAGGGACCGGAUCUUUUUUAUUUAAAUCUGUGUCAGGGCACUCUCCAAGGGGAGUUGCAGUGUGUCAUUUCUUUAUUUAAAAAGCUUCCGGCUGGGGUCGGGGGUGGGCUGUGUUGUGAGAAUGACCUGGAGCAGGCCAGUGCUGCUUUGGGGGUCAGCAUCCAGUGUGAGAUACUGUGUAUAUAGGCUAUACAUAGUGUAUAUAAACGGGGAUGUAAGUUUGUGUAAAUUAAUGGUUUAUUCUUUGCAAAUAAAGCUUUUCCCCCCUCUCUUCUUCA